AUGAUGGCCCUUCAGCAAGCAUCUGCUUUCCUGGUUCUGUUCCUUGCGGCUCUCCUGCUCCCUCCACAGUGUGCCCAGGACCCGGCCAUGGUGCACUACAUCUACCAGCGCUUUCAAGUCUUGGAGCAAGGACUGGAAAAAUGUACCCAAGCAACGAGGGCAUACAUUCACGACUUCCAAGAGUUCUCGAAAAACCUAUCCGUUAUGCUGGGAAGAUGUCAGACCUCCACCAGUGAGUAUAGGAGUGCAGUGGCUAACCUGGCCCUGAGAGUCGAACGUGCCCAGCGCGAGAUAGACUACCUGGAGUACCUGCGGGAAGCUGACAUAUGCCUGGAAUCAGAGGACAAGACCCUGGCAGAAAAGCUCAUCCAAGAGGCCGAAGAAGAGAAAAAGAUCCGGACUCUGCUGAAUGCAAGCUGUGACAACAUGUUGAUGGGCAUAAAGUCUCUGAAAAUAGUGAAGAAGACUAUGGAUACACAUGGCUCUUGGAUGAAAGAUGCUGCCAGCAGUUCCCAAAAGGUUUAUUUCCUAAUCGGAUCCAGAAACAAAACUCUGUGGGAAUUUGCAAACAUGCGGGCAUUCAUGGAGGAUAGCACCAAGCCAGCCCCACGGAAGCUCAUCCUAACGCAUUCCUGGCAGGGAACAGGCCAAGUGAUCCACAAAGGUUUUCUGUUUUUUCACAACCAAGGGACUCUCAAUGAGAUAAUCAAAUAUAAUCUGCAGAAGAGGACUGUGGAAGAUCGAAUGCUGCUCCCGGGAGGGGCAGGCCGAGCGCUGGUCUAUCAGCACUCCCCGUCAACAUACAUUGACCUGGCUGUGGAUGAGCAUGGGCUCUGGGCCAUCCACGCAGGGCCAGGCAUCUCUGGCCAUUUGGUUCUCACAAAAAUUGAACCUGGCACACUGGGAGUGGAACACUCAUGGGACACCCCAUGCAGAAGCCAGGAUGCCGAAGCCGCAUUCCUUUUGUGUGGGGUUCUCUAUGUGGUCUAUAGUUCUGGUGGCCAUGGCCCCCAUCGUGUCACCUGUGUCUAUGAUCCGCUGGGCACUAUCGGUGAGGAGGAUCUGCCCAAACUGUUCUUCCCCAGGAGGCCGAGAAGUCAUUCCGUGAUCCAUUACAACCCCAGAGAUAAGCAGCUCUAUGCCUGGAAUGAUGGAAACCAGAUCAUUUACAAACUCCAGACAAAGAGAAAGCAACCUCUGGAGUAA